CUGUGUCACUAUCUUAUCGUUUAUCGUGGGUUCAUCUCGUCACUUUUCCUUUCCUCAUCUGGUGCAUUAAGCCAGUCGCGCAAUCCUGAACUGGAAGCUUACUGCGCACACCAUAGACACUAUGAUCCGACGAUAGCAUUAUUCAAUCCUAUAUGUACCUCGCACCAUACAUCACCACACCAUGGCACCUCCCACCGAAUCUUCUGCCUCUGCGCCUACCUCGAAGGGCGCCAACCCAGCCCCCGAGUUCACCGUCAACAUGAACCGCAUCCAGACGCAGCUCGAAGCGCGUCUUAAAGCAGCGCGCCCAUUCCUCUCCUCGCUCUCCGACUCCCGCACACCUAAGUCGAACCCCGAUUCCGGCGGGGGAUCGUUCUCCGCGCUUAGCUCCUCCGGCCCUCAACCCACCACCUCCCGCUCCUCCCAUCCCCAGUCCCAGUCCCGAUCUACCGCCGCAGAAGCAGCAGCGAGGCGCGCAGCAGCCGAAGCCGAGUUCGCAGAAGACCGAAACCUGGACCCUAAGGUGGGGAUCGGGGUCGUCCGCUCCUCGAGCGGGAACAGCGACACCAACGGAAAAGACCGGAACACGGCUCAGCUGCGCGGACGACUGCUGGGAAAGCGCGGAAAAGGGGGUAACGAGGGGGCUGAGAAGCGAUGGGUGCGGAGGGAAGACAGCAGUGACGAAGAAGCGGGGCGGAGCGGGCUUGGACGAGUGAAGAGGAAUGGAAACGGAAAUGGAAAUGGAAACGAAAGGGGGAAAAGGUCACGGGCGGAGAUGGAGGAGGAUGAUCGCGAGGAGGAAAUAGUCGAAUCGACGACACCGGAGGUUAAGGCGCUUGAUGGGGAAGAUGUCAGCGAGAAAAUUGACCAGGCUAGUGAUACGAAGGGUGAUGCGGAGAACGUAACUCCUAAAUCUACGGAGCAGGUCGGCCCAAGUACGUCUGUUGAACGGAAUUCUAGAAAAAGGCGAAAGAGGCAAAAGAAAAAAUUGAAUAGGGAAAUCAACAAGGCUUGAUAUUUUCCGUCAUAACUUCAUCUCUUCUGGAUGAGACAAUAGAUUCCUUGAUACCCCUGAGCAUACUAUCGAUCACUUCAAAAGUGUACAUAGAUUAAAUUGAUUGAAGAGCCGUGAUGGCCCUUUCCCUACUUGUGCGUUGAAGCAUUUGCUCCGAAAUUGACCAACCCGUAAGAGUACAUGAUUAGGAACUCCGCGAGCGCAAAAGCGCGUAGAGCAUUGAAUCAUUUUACCCCUUAGUUCCUAUCCUCCCCCUCCGAAGCGGCAGCAAG